GGGGCUUUCCAUUUCGGCCUAGACCACUUUGUUUUCAAAGACGCUUUCCAGAAUACUCCUCUUCCUCUUUUACCGUGUCAUUAAAUUGUCCUGUCCGUUGGACCAGUUCUAGUUUUGAUAGUAAGAUUUGACGGUACGUGGAUGAUAAGAGAAUGGAGGAGCAACAGCAAAUUCAUAAUGAAGCGCUUCUGGAGCGCACCGCGAGCGAUGAAGCUAUCCUCCCAAGUGUCCGCAGAAGGACAUCAAACAGCCGUGCGUUUAAGGUAGCAGGGUUCACAUUGCUUGCCUGUCUUCUGCUGGCUGGCCAGGGCCUGACUGCCUACCUGGUCUUCAACCAGAGGGGCCAGAUCAACGACAUGCAGAAGAACAACGACAAUAUGCGCAAGCAGCUGAGAAACAGACCGCCUGUUGCCCCCGUCCAGAUGCACAUGCCCAUGCUCAACAUGCCCCGGCUGAUUGACUUCUCUGAAGAGGACAGCCAGACCACCAAGAACUCCCCCAUGACGAAACUGGAGAACACUGCCGUCGCAAUUCAGAGCUUGGAGAAGCAGGUGAAGGAUCUCCUGCAGAACCCUGAGCUGCCUCAGUUCAACGAGACCUUCUUGGCCAACCUGCAGGGCCUGAAGAAACAGAUGGAGAGCAAUGAGUGGAAGGACUUUGAAACCUGGACACGUAAUUGGCUGAUCUUCCAGAUGGCCCAGGAGAAGACCGCAGUAUCCGCCACUCCUAAGCCAUCCACCGGUCUGCAAACCAAGUGUAGCGAGGUGAAGGAUUCCCUGAAGCAUAUGCUCGGCACCUACGUGCCCCAGUGUGAUGAGCAGGGCAACUACCUGCCCAUGCAGUGCUGGCAUGCCACCGGCUUCUGCUGGUGUGUAGACAAGACCGGCCAAACAAUUCCGGGGACCGCGGUGCGAGGCAGAGCCUCCUGUAACCAAGGCAUCCGUCGGGUGGCUGCCCCCCCCAUGAUGAUGCAAGUAAAGGAGUUCAAGGAAGAGUAAAUACGACUCCAACACCUGAUGGCCAAGCCAACGGCCUCAACUCCUUGUCAGACCAACCCCUCACCCCACCCACAACAAAAAAAUCUGAGACAUCAUAUAGGUCAAUUACAUAUAAAUGCAGAUUUUAGCUAACUUUUGAUUUUAGAUGAUUGUCUAUGUAGUAUGGUAUAUUAACCACCCUUUUGCUUAUAUAGGUGUUCUUCUGUAAGAAUGAUCCUAUCCAAAUGCUGAACAUCUAACCACACCCCUUUGACCCAUUGUCCCUUACCUUGGCCCUCCAAUCAUAUCUCUCUUAUGGGGAUUUCCCGCAGCCAGUUUUCCUUAUUUGUCUGCCUGCAUAGAUUAGCUUGGGAUUUACCUGAUAUACUUUCGGUCUUGAGUUUCUAUCAGUAACUUAAUUUACCUAUUUGUCAAUUUAUGUCUUUGCAUGCUUUAACAUUUAUUAUUAUAUGAAUGUGGAUAUUGGUGAUUCCUUGAAGUAGAUGUGACCCUGAGAGUAACCAUGAAAUAAUAAGUAAUAAUAAAGCUGUUUCCUAC